AUGCACGCACAUGCUCCCCGCCGGGUGGUCCGGGGGCCUCAGGGCGCCUGGCUGCUGGGUGGCCUCUGGGUCUGGGCGCUGUGCGGCCUGUGCGGCCUGGGGACAGCAAGCUCACCGGGGACCCCGCAGCCUUGCCAGGCGCCCCAGCAGUGGGAGGGGCGCCAGGUUCUGUACCAGCAGAGCAGCGGGCACAACAGCCGCGCCCUGCUGUCCUACGAUGGGCUCAACCAGCGCGUGCGGGUGCUGGACGAGAGGAAGGCGCUGAUCCCCUGCAAGAGAUUAUUUGAAUACAUUUUGCUCUAUAAGGAUGGAGUGAUGUUUCAGAUUGAACAAGCCACCAAACAGUGUGCAAAGAUCUCCUUGACAGAACCCUGGGACCCUCUUGACAUUCCCCAGAAUUCUACCUUUGAAGAUCAGUACUCCAUUGGGGGCCCACAGGAGCAGAUCACAGUCCAGGAGUGGUCUGACAGAAAGACAGCCAGAUCCUAUGAAACCUGGAUCGGCGUUUAUACAGCCAAGGAUUGUUACCCAGUCCAGGAGACUUUCAUCAGGAAUUACACUGUGGUCCUGUCCACUCGGUUUUUUGAUGUGCAGCUAGGAAUUAAGGACCCCUCUGUGUUCACCCCACCAAGUACGUGCCAGACAGCACAGCCAGAGAAGAUGAAGGAGGACUGCUUCUGGUGAACUUGCUGGGACAGAAGCGACCAGCUCAGACCUUAGUGAGUCUGUCUGGAAAUGGAUGAGAGACUGCUUUGGAUGCAACUCUUCAAUAGAAAUAGAUCAUUUAGGAGGGUAAACACCGAUGUGGGUUUUCUUGGACAUCUGAUGCCAACUGCUCAGCUCCAUUUUCAGUGGAGAACUCUUGUUAGCCUCAACUGCCUGGCACACAUCUAAUGCUAUCUGGGGCCACCCCUUCUCUGUGCAGGUGUAUAGUCCAUGCAGUAGAGAAUAAAGGGAUGAGAGUGGGUACAAGGAGUUUGCCUCUGCUGGGAUGAAUGCUUUAUUUCCGCUACAAAGAACUGAAGGUGAUAAUAAAGUAUAGAAUGAUUUAGUUCAAUUCUCUCCUUAUAAAGGAAGUCCCUUGCUUGCACCAGGAUGGCAACAGUUCCUGCUGAUCCCACCCCUACCUCUGGCUACUGCAGAACAAUCCUUUAAGAUUCCUUACAGACUUGAAUUUUGUGGCAUGACCCAAUGAAUGUAGAUGCGCUGCAAAAAAGCAGAAGUUUAUAAUAGGGAGUAAUGAUUGCUCUGAAAGGAAAAACAAGCUUUAAGCAGGAGGCUUAGGCAAUCUUAGUAUUCCUGUGUGAGAUGAAGUGAGAGCCGUGUGUGCUGCUUUGCUAGAGUAUUGAUUAACAAGGUGAAACUUCAUAUAUUUUCUAGUGGGCAGACAGGCUCCUAAAACAGCACUGAGCUGGGAGGCCCCCGAAGUCAGGACUAGACUCUUUUACCCUUAACUCCUUUAACUGUUAAAUGCACUAUGCCUGCUCUUGCCUUGACUCUUUUAGAACUCUAUUUCACUAAAGCUGAGUCUGCUCAGGCUUCUAAGAUCAGCUCCCAUGUGACUGUAUAAGCUGCUCCCACGCCUGCAUUCAUUGCACCUU